AUGGCUGUACAGAAUCAGUUUAUCGACGUUGCCAACAGUUCAACUGAUCUGGCAUCUACUUGGAUCUAUUUGGCAGAUUGGAUUUUAGUGUUAAUUGUGGGGUUUGCAUUUGUAUUCUAUUUUGAUAGAUUAAUAGGAUUCACCAUAUCAUUUAUAGGAAAAUGGCUAUGGAGAUCGUCUAAUGUGGGGAUAAACAUUGAGUCUAUAAGAUUCUCUGUGCUAGGAGGGAGAGUUUUAAUCAAGAAUUUGACCAUAAUGAAUGAAGAUUGGACUAUAUCAGUACUACAGUUGAAUUUUACAUGGAGAUAUUGGUUAUGGGGGAAAACAAGAAUCCCUGAAUUCGUGCUACCAGAUGAAAAUGAUGGUAACGAAUCAAGUUUUACCAAAUCAGACAAUGAGAAAUUACCUUCAAGAUUUUUGUUGGCUAUGGAAGGAUUAGAGAUAUUCAUGUAUAAUAGAACCAUGGCUUAUGAUAAUAUUGUAGAGACAUUGACCAAGGAAAAACUCAACAAAGAGAAGUCACCAGAUACUUCCUCAUCAUCCCAUUUACGAUAUAGAUCUCGAGACACGACUAAUGAUAAUGAUAAUGAUAACGAUAAUGACAAAGAACAAAUAUCUCCUUCUUCGAGUGAAGAUGAUUUAUCUGUUGAUAAACUUUACAAAACCCUAAAGAGACUUAUGAAAAUGUUACCUUUAAGUGUAUUGAUCAAAAAAGGUGUGAUGGUAUUGGGAAAUAAGGAUACUCCUUCAUUGCUUGUUUCAUCGUGUAAAUCAGCAAAUGGGAUCUUGGAUAUAACCAAACCUGCUCAUAAAGCUGAUAUUUAUAAACAAUUGAACUUCUUUGAGUUCCAGGAGUUCCAAGUAUCUAUGAAACCUAACAUUUUAUACAGUCCGGACUCCAGAACGAGGUUCAAAUCCAUCAAGAAAUUAUUCUCAAGAUCACAAGAACCUGUGAUAGAUCAAGCCAAAUGGCAAGGUUUAAGAAGAUAUUUGGAAUCCAAUGACGAUGUGUUAGAUAAUUUACCCAAUGCUGAAGAGUAUGCUAAAUCAAGUUUGAUCCUUGAUACUGUAUGGACAAAGAUUAAUUAUUAUUUCGAUAUACCAGGGAAAAUUGUUGAUGGUACCUUUCCUGAUUAUGGAGCAGAUGUUGAAUUUUCCAUGGCAACUAUCCAUUAUGGUCCUUGGGCUGAUAAACAAAGAGUUCCUAUACAAUCAGUCUUUUUCCCGGCAAUUGCUCGAGAUUCUGAACCUACUGAUUUGACCAAACGUCAAUAUAAAGGGUUCAAAUUAAACGUGUUCACUAACGACGAAAUAAUCUUGAGAAUACCCACUCGUGAAACAUCAAAAGAUAAAGACGCUUUAAAACAUCAUACUCAGCCACAGAAUAAACGACCUUUUGGAUGGUUAGAAUUGAAAUCAGGACCAAAUUCAAGCAUAACCCUGUAUAAUUCAUUUGUUUGUCUGCGAGAUAAAGGAUGGGAAAACACCAUAUCUGCAGUAUUUCUUCAAUUGGAGAUGAGAUCUUCAGUUAAUCAUGAUAUCUUAUAUUCUGCUGAUGUUCAUACCAUAAAUGCCCAAGUAGGAUUCCCAUUGACAUGGAAUGGUGCCUGUGAUUGGAUAUUUGAUAAUUUCAGUUCUAAUAGUAAGCUUUUCUUCUUGAGAGAACACUCAAUCUUAUUAUCGGAUGUUUUUGAAGAUUUUGCUUCAGGACCUCCUGCAUUAUAUGAAAACUUUCGUCCGUUCAAAUAUCAUUUCAACUGGGAGUUCAGCGAUUACAAGAUAUACCUCAAUAUCAAUGAUUCAAAUAUCAUCAACAAUCCGUUGGAUUUCAAUAGUAAUAAGUAUAUUUCAUUCCAAGGACCUGAACUCAAAAUCAAACUACUCAUUCCUUUAUUAGGGCAAUUUACCAAUAAGAACACUGUUGACUAUUAUAUAUUUGCACCAUACUUUGAUUUAGUACUUGACACUCCCCCAUGGCAUACAUGUAAUGCAUUUUUAUCUCCUUCAUAUAUUUUGGGGAGGGCUCAUAACUUCGAAAUGGAUGGUAGUUACACGUAUUUUAAUAAAAUUGAAGCUUACGGUUUUAACAAUAUUGUUAUCAACUGUAAGUGUGAUGAGGUAUCAUUGAAGUUCUAUGGAUUUUUGGUCAAAUACGUUUUCGUAUUAAGAGAGAAUUAUUUGGGUGAUAAUUUCCAUUUUAAGACAUUCGAAGAGUAUAACAAUGAAAUGGAUAACAAUUCAAGUGAAGCAACCUUACAAGAUGAUCUAGAUUAUUGGAAGAUCAUCAAAACUGAUAAUAGUGUAGAUGUUAUAUUUACAUUCCAAGUAAGGAAGGGGCUUUUAGUAUUACCUCAAGAUAUCUAUGGAUGUAAGGCUCAUAUUGGUUUGGUGUUUGAUUACUUUGACACUGACCUUCGUUUUACAAACUAUUAUAUGGACAUGCAAGCGGAUUUUAGUCCUGUCAAGGGGAAGUAUCUAAGACUCGAUAAUGAAGAUAUUAUUCUUGAGCUUAAGGAUUACUAUAAGUUAAUGGAAGACGACCCACAUAUUACCAUGGAUGAAUUCACUGUUCAUGGGCACAGAAUGUUUGGGAUCCCGCCAGAAGAAAUCACAUAUUUCUGUAAUUGGAGAGCUGCAACCAAUGAGAUCAAUGUUGAUGCACCUCUUCAAUUUACCGAUGUUUUCGGUGAUUGUAUUGGGAACUUUUUGAACAGUUUUCUGGAUUUGGCCAAUGCUUUACAUCCCACAGCCCCUGUCAUUUAUGAUGCUUUGGUAUUUACUUUUGACUGUCCUGACUUAAACAUCAAAUUAAACACUCAAUCAAGAUAUCAACACACUAAGUUACAUCAAUUAUUAUUGACAUAUAAUGACAUUGCCAAUCUGAGAUACUCAAAUAAGCUUUCUAUCAAUAUUCAAGACAUACAACAUGAAUUUGUUGACAAAACAACUGGGAAUAUCUUGGGUUUGAUUAAAACCUCUUUGACUUUGGAUAAUCCUACCAGAAAACCUAAUUUCAAGGAACACAGAAAGAGUCAACAAGAACAUAUUCGAUUCAAUGAUGCUCCGUUCCAUAGAGCUCCCUUUUUAUUACUGGAAACCAAUAGAAAUCUCGCUUAUAAUGAGGGAUUUGGUAGUUUCAUAAUACCCAUUUCUUUGAUUGAUGUCAACUACCCUUUGAAUGAUCGGACCCAAUUGGAAGAUCCUUAUUCUUCCAGUUUAUCAUCAUCUACAGCAUCUUCAUUCUCAGACGAUACACCUGCGGAAGAUGGUGAUUUGUUCAUUUCUCCCACUUUACAUUACGUGGAAGAAGACUUUCAACCCGAUUCUCAGGCUGAUGGAGUCUUCAAACAUGAUAAUAUGAUAUUCACGUUUUCCGAAGUUAAUGGGUUCUUGAGUCCUGAAGCAGUACAUACUAUGGCUUUGUUUCAAUAUGAAGGUCUCGAGACAGAUUUGCAUGUGGUCAUUGAUUCCUUAGAACAAUCAGUGGUAAAAGCAUUGAAGAAAUUGAUGCUUCAAACUUGUAUGAACGAUACUUUUAGGGUGGUAGCUCCAAGUAUCAAUUUAUCUUUUGGUGAAUGUUAUAGUCCAACUUAUGAUUUGAAAUAUUUCUCCGAUAAUUCGUUUAUCAACCUUCAGAUCAAUGAACCUUCAAUAGCUUUCGCUGACGAAGUGAAAAGAACCUUGGAUCCUGAUUGUGAUUCUCAUAAUGCUAAUGACUAUUCCAUUGAAUCGGCUAAAUCCUAUGCUUUUAGUAUAAAGAACAUCCAUGUAAGUUUCCAGAAUAGUUGUGAUUUCUCCAUCCAAGACAUCGAAUUCUGGAUGACUGAAGAUAAAUUCCAGAUAUUCUCCGCUUCCGUUGAAGAUAUUAUCUUGAACUUGGAUGAAACGAAAAUCCUUCAGUUAAUCAACUAUUUUGAUGAACUUUUGAAAGUCUUAAAACCAGCUAUCGACUUAUUCCAAAAGACUUCUGCCAUUAAAAGGAAAUUGACAAUGGCCUUGGUUUAUGGAUUAAGUUCCGUCAGCUCUCUGGUUAAUCACGACCCAUGUGUUUUGACUAAACCUGCUUACAUGAUCAGAUCUUUAAAACAACAUAUCAGGUUCUUUGAUACUUGGGUGGUGAUGAUGAGAUUGAGGCAUAUUUUCGAAACCAUGGACUCGGACUGGAAAUUGUCUCAACGACAAAGGUUUAGGGAUAACUUGUGGGAUAUUCCUGAAGACGCUUAUGAUCAGGUUUGGGAGACUUUCUCCAACUGGAGAAGUUGGGAAGCUAAUUAUGAAGAUAGGGAAACUUUCUUCCAGACCAUGUUCAAUAUUGAUAUUCUUCAAGAGAAAAAGAUGAUUGGACAAACGAUUUUGAAGAACGUUCUGAUCAAUUGGUCCAAGGAUGAUUUCUUUUUUUACGAAAAUAUCACUUUAUCUUUGAAUGAAAGGAAAUAUGAAGCCAAUUUCUCCCGUACUGACCAUGAUCUUGAUGAUCUUGAUGCCAAUGUGUCAAGUUUCGAAGUCAGUAUAAACCUCGGGAACUAUUCUGGUUCUGUAUCUCCUGUGUCUAUCAAAUUAAUCCCAAGUAUAGUAUCGUAUUUUGAAUCUCGUCCAGGAGACCCUGUUGUUCAAGCGAUCAAACCAAAAAAUUCUGCUUUCUUCUAUAUGGUUAAUUUGAAUGAUUUCAAUCAGAAAUUAAGGCUCAAUUAUUCCAAUAUAGAAAUCCUGGCUACCAGUUUAAGAUCUUCAGGAUUAGUUCAAUCCAUUGAAGGUCAGGACCUUUGUUCAGUUACCACUGAUAUUGAAAUGUUGGGCUUUAAUCUUCAAGACACCUUGAGUUUUGGAAUCCAAAACUUUAAACUGGUGUUAGGUCAUGGCUCUUCUUCCUAUUUUUAUGAUUUGUUCUUAGAUAAUUGUUUCUUCGAACUCGUCGACCAUAAAUUCUCCACUACCAUUGAUAAAAUCAUGACUGAAGACUUACCGAUGUUUGACUUUUUAACCAAAAAAGAACCUACACCAUCUACUAAGACUGAUCCUUUAGAUAUGUUGCACAAGUUGUUGGCAUUGAAUGUUAGUUUGACUCUUCAAAUCAAUCAUUUGAACUGGAAAGUCAAUAUCUUGAAACACUACAAUUUUGAAGGAAAAGUUUACGAUAAUAAUUUUUCAGUGGCUAUAGCUAACAAAGAGAUGGAUAUUGGAAGUUUGAUCCAACAAGUAGAUUUCAUCAUUAAUCAUCAAAAACUGUUGGUUUUGGAAAUCAAGAAUUCUCAAUUGUUCAACAACGCUAAGAUAAUCCUGACUGGUCAAGGCUUACCUACAGUAUCUGUUGAUUCCCAAUUAGGAUACACGAAAUUCUUCUCUUCCAAAUUGGUGAAAUCAAUAAACCAAGUUCUUGACGAUUAUCAAGAAUUGAAGAUCGAAGUGCAAAAUAUCAUUGAUAAGUUUCCUAAACAAGAGAAUAAGCCCCACCAAACAAGCAUUGAUAUCACCAAAAUGCCGAUUGAUAUAACAAUCCUCAAUCAUUAUUUCGGUGUUUCUUGGAUAAACGAUAGGUCCAAAUACUCCAUUGAGAGUGAAGAUUUCAAGUUCAGUAUCUCUAAUUAUGACGAAGUCAUGAAGUUGGUAGAUUAUUUUGGUGAGAUUUCAAUUCCUACAGCUCGAUUAUCCAUCAGUGAUCGUAUCAUUCCUGCUAAGUUGAGCAAUUUUGUUGAUAUGAACUUAUCAAUGAAAUUGUUGAAUGAGACUAAAGGUAAAUUGUUGGAGGUAUCAUCAGAAUAUUUCCGAAUUUGUCUCAGUUCAGGUGUAAUCCAAAGAUUGGUUCAUUUUGCUGAUGAGAUUACUAGGAUUUCGAAUAGGUUGAAGAUGGAUUUCCCGUCUAUUAAUACUGGUGGUGAAUCAGGGGAUUUGUCCGAUACCUCCCUGUUCGUGGAUCAAAUCUCAGCUAUUCACUUCUUAUCGUAUAAUUUCUGUAUUGGGUGGAUCUUCGAUAAUCCAAGGAAAGAUUACCCUGGGCUUAUUAUGGGAGCUGAAAGAUUUUAUGCCGUCACCGAUGAAGGAAUUGGGAAAUUAUCUUUGAUUGAAGCUUAUUUAUCGGUUGCUCAUGGUACAACAGCCAAUUCUUUCUAUAGUUCAACUGGUGAAAGAGAUGGUCCAAAUAGAGCAUUCUUACCAUUUAUGCAAACCAUUUAUAUAAUUCAUGAAAACGAAACCAAUGGUAAAGAAAUGAAAAUAUCCAUUACUGGUGAUGAGCUUGAUGUUAAGUUUUUAUCUGAUUCCUUCCAAAUCUUCGAAUCGACCAUGAAUUCGGUAUCAAGUAUGCAAGCUCAUUUCGACAAGAGAGUACGUCCAAUGGAUAAGUGGAAAGAUAGUAGUGAAAAACACGAAGAACAACAAUACAUUGAAUCAUUAAGGUCGACGUUCCAAUCGAUUGAAUGUAAAGUAACUUUUGCUGGUUCAACGGUGUUAAUCCAUAGAUUGACAGAACAUAAUAAACCUGCUUCGUUAUAUCUUCAUUUCCCAGCUGUUCAAACAUUUAUUAAUUAUGCCCAUGAUAAAAUUGGGCCUAAGAAACAUAACUUCAAAGCAGAAAUUUCAACAGCUUCAUCAGAGAACAAAUUGUAUUCAUCGUGUGUUCCUGUAAUAGUGGAUUUAAUCAAUACCAUCAAAGGGAUCAUGAAAAGUCAAUCUGAUUCUCCACCUCUUAUAGACAAUGUUGAUACUGAUGUGGUGAAGGACAAGAAAGACCAAGCAUUUAAUUUUGCUUCCUUCUUGGAUGAAACUGAUUUCUAUUUGGGUUUACACAUUGAUAAACAGAUCUUAUCAUUUAGUUGUGAACCUACAGCUAAAGUUGAAAGUGUGGUUGGAAUUGAAGGUUUGACCUUCCAAUUGAUGUCAGGGGAAAAUUCCUCCAUCAAUAUUACAGGUAAUCUAAAUUCCGUAUCGAUAUCCUUGCAACAUAUUUAUUCAAGAGAAGUGAGUGGAUAUUUCAAGAUCAAUUCCAUUUUAAGUGUUUCCAAGAUAAGUUUCGAUAAACAAGUAGAAGUUAAAUCCAGUGGAUCUAUAGGAGAUGUUGAUGGAUAUAUCAAUGUUAAACAAUAUCAAGAUUUGGAAUUAUUCAGAGAUAUUUGGUUCCCUAAACAGCUUUAUGAAGCCAAAGAACCUGAACAAGAAGAAAAAAUCGCUGAUUCUUUAGCUGCUAAUAAGAACAUUGCCUUAAGGUUUAAAGAAGUUUCAACCACCAAUGCUCUUCCUUGGUUAUUAACAUAUAUUUUACUUAAUUUGACCAUCAAAGUGAAUUUUGGUCCAUCUUUGGGAGAAAUGAUAUUCAGAAUUGAUAGGUUCUGGAUGAUGUCAAAAAAAUCCACUGAUUGGACUCAACAGUUGAAGUUUGGAAUAUCAUCAUUUGUAUUGACUUCUGAAGGAAGAUUAGGGGGUAAAAUCAUAGGUAAUGAACUUUAUCUUAAUUCAGCUAUUUCAUGGAAGAUUAAUAAUGAAACCUUGGAUGUUCCAUUAGUUUUAAUGUCAACAGGUAUUGAAAAGUUACAGAUUAAGAGUACUUUCGAUUAUCAUUUAUUCUUGGUUAGUAAUUUAGAAGAAUUCUCCUUGGAUGUUUUCAAUCAAAAAUCAGAAAGUAUGAUAAGCAAAGAUCAUUUAUUUGUUACUACUAAAUUCAAGAUCUUUGAAAUUUAUAUGUCAUCAUUCACAGCUUCCAAUGUCUAUGAUAUUUAUAAUGCCAUCUUAAGAAUGACUCAAGAGAAUAAGAUUUCUUAUAAGGAAACCUUACAUGAUGCAAAGACUCAAAGAAAUAAGAAACCUUCAAUGCAAUCAUUGAAUAACCUUUCAGAAAAGAUUCAAAAUAAUGCUAUUCUUGAAACAGUUAAGAAAUUAGAAACUGAAUUCGAAGUGGUGAUGGGAACUUUAAUGGUUUAUGUUUAUCCUUCAUCUUUUGAUGAUUCUAAAGUGUUGGUAUUGAAAUUAGAUCGUUCAACAGCGUUCUUUUCACAGAAUGAAUAUAAUGAAGGGAUUGCUAAUCAACUUGAAAUUCAAUUCAAUGAUUUAGUGGUUUCUUUAUCUAUCAAUAGUAAUAUUCUGGAAGAUUUCAUUACUAAUUGUACGGUUGAAGAAUUUGUCAAAUAUGCUCAUAAAGCUAGAGGAGGUAACAUUUUUGUAUUCCCAUCAUUUGCUAUUUCCAUGAAAACUUUCCAGAAAUAUAAUUCCAAUUUGAUCGAAUACUUAUAUAACAGUACUUUUGGUAGAACAGUUGAUAUUAGAUGGAAUUUGGGUUCAGUUAAUUUCAUCAGAGAGAUGUAUUCAAUUCAUUUGAAAUCUCUUGAAUCCAGAACUGAAUUUAAAAAGACUAUUCAAAAUAGAGAUGAUUUUGAAGGUAUUAAAUUCAAGCAAGAUAUCUUCACCCAUCAUGAACAUGAUUCUGAUAGUGAUAUUGAUCCAAUAACAAAAGACCCAAGUGAAGAAAUUGAUCAAGUAAUCAAUGAAAAGAUCGAUAAAGUAUCUAAAGAAUCCAAAUAUGAUUAUUUACCUUUAGCUCCACCAAUUAUUGAAGCCCCUCGUUUGAAAGAAUUAGGUAAUGCUACACCUCCAUUAGAAUGGUUUGGAUUACAUAGAAAUAAGUUCCCUAAUGUUACUCAUGAAUUAGGAAUUGUUAACCUCCAAAAAAUCAUUCACGAAGUUGAAAGUGAAUAUUCUAAAUUAUUAGGUAGAGCCUAA